AUGCCAGGUUUUCAAUGCGCCGGGGGAGCCACAAAACUCCCGUUUGUUUCCCUGAUUGCUCCAGAAAAGCACAGGGAAAUCGCAUCGGUUUUGAUCCGGCUGAGGACAACAUUGAAUGGUAUGGUUCAGCGAACGCAAGAACAUCGGCACAUUUCUGCCCUCGAUGCAUGCUGGCACGAUAAAGGAGAUAAAUGGAGACCACCAUAUGAUAUGCCUUGUUCAGUGCCUCCAACCUGUCUCGCAAGCGUAGGCAUUCUGGGUCCAAUCCACAGAACACGUCGCAACUUCGGAAAAAGGCGGAAGCUGGAAGAGUCAGCAUCAGCAUUAUGGGAUGGGCUGUCAUAG